GUUACGGGACGCGGGGCGCGAGGCGCAGCUCGAGCCGGUCCGGAGUCCGGUGCAAAGUGAGGCCAGCCAGGGUUGCCCGCGGGCAUGACGGACAUUCUGUGCGACUGGCUGAACAAAGAAGUGAAGCUCUCGCGGGUGGUGGAUCCAGAAUCUUUUUCUAAAGAAUUUUCCUCUGGAUACCUCAUUGGAGAACUUCUGCACAAAUAUGAACUUCAGGAUGACUUUGACCAGUUUUCGCAAAGCAGGGUUGCCAAUGCAAAACUUAACAACUUUUCUCGCAUGGAGCCCACCCUACAACUCCUGGGUGUGCAGUUUGAUCAAAAUGUGGCCCGAAACAUCAUGAUAGAGCAGCGUGGGGCUGCCACCAAGCUGGUGUACCAGCUGUAUGUGGCUCUGGAGAAGAAGAAGAAAGCUGGACUCACAGGAGUAGCCAUGGAUGCUAUGAGGCCCUCGGCUCCUGCAAAGCUCAAGAGCGUUGGGACUGAGAUGUAUCGAGAGCGCCUGAAAACCUUAGUGCCGCGUCAAGCAGACCUGUCUCUCCAGCAAAUUUCAGACAACUUCCAGAACAAAGCCAAGGACAUGGACAGUAAGAAAAAUCAGAUGCAACUCGUGGAGCAACAGAAAGCCAAGAAAUUGCAAGAGGAGAAAAAAGUUAAAGACACGGAAAAGAAAGUUGUGGAGAAACGGAGGCAGCAUGAAAUCAUGGCCAAGAUUCAAGCAGCAAUCAUCCAGAUUCCAAAACCAUUGCCUCAGCACACCAUGCAGGCGAUUGAAGCUCAGAAAUUGCUGAGAAAGAAAAGGGAGGCAGAAAGCACCUACACAGAAAUUCAGAAGUUUGAACAGCAAUUGAGGAAAGGGACCACCAUGCACACUAUGACCAAACUCAACGACAGCAUGAUGCAGAUGGUUUUGCAGCCAAAACACCUGGAAGCCUCAGGCCCAGGUAUCACACUGCUACUGAACACCUAUUCUGAUGAUGAAUACAUAAGGAAGAUUCAGAAACGGCUUGAGGAAAACACCUUUGCUCGGGAGCAGCGGGAGAAAAGGCGGCGGAAGAUGUUACAAGAACAGCUGGUUGCCCAUGAAGCGCAAGAAGAGGCAUACAGAGAGGAGCAGCUCAUCAACCGACUGAUGAGACAAUCUCAGCAGGAGCGCAGAAUCGCUGUGCAGCUGAUGCAUGUACGGCACGAGAAAGAAGUGUUGUGGCAGAACCGGAUAUACAGAGAAAAACAAUUUGAGGAAAGACGACUUAAAGAAUUCCAAGAAGCUCUUGACAGAGAGGCGGCUCUUGCAAAACAAGAGAAAAUUGAGCUUGAGGAUCAAGCCCUUAAGGAGAAACAGCUGCAUGCCAAACUUGCCGCUGAAAGGGCCGAGGCUCGCUACAAGAAGCAUUAUUCUAUUUGUUGGGAAGUGGUUGAACAAAUUAUUGAUGUAGCGACCAAAAUAGGAGAAUACCGAAUGCUGACAAACAACUUAAUCCCAGCAAAACUGAUGAGUGAGUGGAAGGAACUGUUCUUAAAAGGACUGCCAAUUCACGACCCACCUGUGAUCGACUUUUUGCCGAGUGACCUUACUCCUCCACUUGAAAAAAUGAGUUUUCUAGAUGAAAAAAAUUAUGAUGAAUAUAAGAGUAUGACAGGAGAAUGGUACCCUCCAGAGGACAUCAGUGCAAAUAAACCUCCACCCAACAACCCGAUACUGGGUCAUGUGAUUUAUCGAAUGAUGAGCAUGGUCUAUCCCCCGGAACCGGAGCCACCUCCACCUGUGAUUUCUCCAUUUCCUCUCAAGGGAUGUAUUUUGGGGAAGCUCUGUAGUGGGAAAACCACCUGUCUCAACUUCCUGGAAAAAGCUUGCAACACCCUGCCAUUGUGUAUGGACCAGUUGAUCUCCGAGGCCAUCGACGCCUACCAUCAAAAAGAACUGGGGAGCGCGACUUGUGAGGAUCUAGAGAGAACGGAGGACGCUCCCUUAAGUCAAAUCGAGGUCAUGAAGGCUGCCUCCAAAGCUUCCCUGGUAGCGCUGAAGAUUUACGAUAAUGACAGCAGAGGGUCUGACCAAAUGUCAAUCUCGAUUAGGUCAACAGAGUUGACCGAUGAAGCGGACGACUUAACCAGGCUUUCUAUUCGUGCUCAACUUGGAGCAGCUGCAGAAACACUGCUGAAGAGAGGAAAAAGCAUUCCUGAUGAAUUAUUAGUUGGCAUCAUGGUUGAAAAUAUUAGCCGGCUUGCACCAAAUCAAGGUUGGAUCAUAAAUGGGUUUCCAAUGACGCUGAAACAGGCCAAGCUCCUUGAAAAGGCCCUGACAGGGCGAGAUCCGGAUCAGCCAGUAGCAACGGAUGCCAGCAUGAAAAAACCCACCUUGGCUGUAGACCCAAGAGCACUAAAAGAGCUACCUGUGUUCCCACCUGCUCUUGACUUCGUCAUAUUGUUAGAGGCUUCAGACGCCAUCGUUCUGAACCGAGUGGCAAACAGGAAGCCUGUUUCUGACAUCUAUGAAGACGGUGAUGCUGCAAGAGAAAAAGAAUAUUCCCUGAGAGGCCAGAUGCAACAGCGAAUUAUUGGCUUCCAGGACACUUGGCCAAAACUCGAAUCUUGGUUUGCUGAGCAGCAAAAUAUACUAAUAAAAGUUAAUGCAGAGACAGAGGAGGAUCUUUUGUUUGAAAGUGUAAAAGGAAUUUUAGAUGAGCAAAUAGAAAACAAAAGAAUUGAACAGGAAAGGAAAGAAGCCGAGAAAAGAGCACGAGAACUUCUUUCUGCCGCAUCUGCGGAACAGGUAUUGGAAGUAAUACCAGGAAAGUUGGAGGAACUGGCACCUGUUUUGUCUGUUGAGAUCCCGGAGCCAGAACCUGUGGAGCUCAAACCAGAGCCUAAAGCCCCUGCAGAAUCCCCUCCAUCAACUUCAUCUCGUAAAGGAAAAGCAAGAAAGAAAGAUGACGCAGCCAAAGGAAAAGAAGCAGGCAGCAGACCAGGUACCCCACGAGGAAAAUCACAGGGGAAAAAUGUCCAGCUACUCCUUGAAGAAUCACCACCUCCUGCUGUUAUAGAACCACCUGCAAUUAAACCAGGAACAGCCGAAUGGGUUUACGUCGACGAUCCACUUCCAACCGAAAUCCCUGAGUUCCUAAUCCCAUAUUGGGAAAUUGUAGAGGCCUCCUAUGUCAAGAACGUCAAGGCUACUCUUCGACAACUUCGAGCUAAGCAGCUGAUUGGCAUUCAUUACCUGUCGGCUAUUAGAAAUAAUUUCGAGGAAUAUUUAAAACGUCCAGACCAUAAGCAAGAAUUUGUGACUCAGUGGCAAGCUGAUUAUAACUCCGUGGCAGAUGACCUGUGGGAUGAUGAUGAAACCAAAGAGGAGCUGCACCAAAGAGUUACCGACUUGAGAGAUCGCCUGUGGGAUAUUUGUGAAAACAGAAGAGACGAAGCCGAGCAGGAGCGCAGCGACAUCAUGAAUAACAAGUGGCUGCCAGAUUGGAUGGGACUUCUGGUUAAUCACAUCCUUUCACUGAUGCAGUAUGAAGUGGACCGUUUCCAAGAUACCAAGAGACUGUUGCACGACUAUUACCGAGGAAUGGAAGGCAAAAUCCCUAUGGAGACCAACACAGAGUUUACCAAAAUACCCUUGUUGGACGUGAUUCAAGGAGAUGAAGAGGGCAAGAUUAAAAUAAUUCCUUUGUUAAGUCGCAAGUGUCCUUCUCCGGACAUAGUGCUCACCAAACAAAAAACCAAAGUCUUUCAAAUGAAGAGUGCGAAGGAGGAUUAUCAGGCUUGUGAAAGUGCCUUGUUUAAUUUUAGCUCCGACGAGAAACUGGUCUCUGAGACAUGGCACAAUGCCAUCCUCACAAUAACUAAUAUGGUCAGCGCUGAGAUGCAAGACAAAGAGGCCGAGGAAGAAAAAGAGCGCUUGCAGCAAGAAAUCAAAGAGAAAGAACACCAGAAAUCUUCCCAAGCAGCUGCUGGCAAAGGAGGGAAAGGCGGAAAAGGUGGAAAAGAGGGCAAAGGUGGAAAAGAGGGCAAAGGCGGAAAAGGCGGAAAAGAGGGCAAAGGUGGAAAAGAGGGCAAAGGUGGAAAGGAUGCCAAGGGGACUGCAAAGGAGAGCAAAGAGAUCAAAAAAGGGAAGAAGAGAGAAUCUACAUGUCUGGUCGAAUCACCACUAGUCCUAUUAUCCCCUGAGGAACUGAAAAAACAAGAGCAAAAACUUAAGUUGAAGCAGGAAUUUUUUACUGCGCUGGAACUUGAAGCGGAGGCUGCAAAAUCUCGACUUGAGCUGUUAAAAGUUAAAGCGCAUGCCUUCAUUGAAGAUCUAAUCUCGAAAGCCGAACUAGCAUACAGGGAUAUGGAGAAAUGGCUUGGAGACAGAUACCUGGCUGAAAUGUCCAGUGUUGACAAAUUAAUCGAGGUUGCCCGUCACCAUAUUGAAAUAGCUACCAGAAUCCAGAAUGAGCUAGUUCUAGAAGGGACAGAGUUUUACAUUAAUGGCGAUAUCAAAGUAUUCCCGGACCCUGCCCCUCCGUCCCGCCCUCCAUCGGUAGAGACUGCUAUGAAUGGCACUCUAACAAUUUCACAGCUCAACAGUCUUCAUAAGCAAUUUCUACAGGUGGCUCCGAAAGGUUUAAUACCGACUAAAAUGUUCAUUGACAUUAUUUGUGACCUGGUCACUUUGACUCUUGGUGCCAAUAUGCUCCCUGAUAGCUGGAUGCACCUCUCGAUGUAUGAAAUACAAAAUAUGGCAUCAAUGCUGACUGUGAAUCCGGACAUGGUGGACUGGCGCCGGUUCUUACUAACGGCUUCCCAGCCCUGGCCUAUACCCGCUGUAAUGGAGUUGUUAGAAACACUGGAAAGGUUCCAGGCUGUGGAUGAAGAUAGAUCAGGCUUUGUGACACGGGAACAAUAUAAUCAGGCUGGCCUCUGGUUUAAAGGCAGUGAAGAUCUUGUCGUUCCAGAAAGUCCAACAGAACCCUUACCAUAUAAUCGGCAGCUGCACCUUAUAAAGUUUUUAUUCACAUUAUUUGCUGACGCCCAAAAAGAUCGACCUCUGCUGGACUACAUGAAGAUGUUGCUUUAUUUCGCCUCUGACCCCGAUGGUGUCGACGGUGUCUAUCGGGCCCUCAGCGUUGCUACAGGAACGUACAUCCACAGGAAAAAAGAGAAAUACCCUCCUAUUCCCCAUCUGUUCAUUUCUGCUUCUGAACGUCUGAUUAUUGAUGAACGUGACGAGCUGGCUGAGGAGGAUGAAGGUGGUGAAGAAGAGGAGGAGGAGGAAGAAGAGAAGGAAAAGGAAGAUGAAGAUGAAUUUUACACCAACGAAGGAAUGAUUUCUCUGCCUACCCUACUCAGAGUGUUUCAGCAUGAAACAGUGGAAGCAGAGGACGACCAUCGGUUUAGUGAUUGUCUGACAGAAGAGGACAAUUAUGAGCACUUCUUUAAAGUAUACAAGGAUCUCAGCCCUGAGGAUUUGGAGCCCAUCACUGUGGCCCAGCUCCUGAAGCAUCCCUUCAUUCAAGACCUGGUGAACAACUACCAGGAUUACAAACUUCCUAACAUUUUCAGCAGCGAUGAAACGGUACCAUGGGGCAAUCUCCAACGAGGGCGAGAGUUGUUGAAAUGGAAUACUUAUAUUACGUGUGUUAGAGCAUUAAAGUAAUACGAUUUGCCCCCAAAAUACAACUCUUAAAAUAUACAUCAAGAAAGGAUUUUAAAAUGCUUCUGCAGAGAGUCGACCAAACUCAGCCAAUGAACGGAGAAGCCAUCAGCUUAUAAAGAAGUUAAAAGUAUCAGGGGUAGGGGAAAAACACUGGAAUUUUCUUUUGCUACAGCAGAAGAAUUUUUCUAAGUACUUGCUCUGUUAUACAACUACAUCCUUCUACUACCCAUGGUUAUGUUUUGUAUUAACCCCUUCAUUUUAAAUAAAAGUUUAUUUAAUUUAAA